CGCGCGUCCCCUCCGCGCGCUAUAAACCAUCCGCGCUUUACGCGAGACGCUCAAUCCACAAGCGGCGGCACCGCGAACGGAGCGCAAUGACACCGAGAGACGCGCGUCUCCUGCUGCUGCUUCUGAUGCGGCUCUCCGCGAGCCGAACACGCGCCGGAGGAAAACCCGAGGAGGACCGGGACACGCGAGGCGACGCGGAGAGCGCGUGCGAGGUGAAGACCGUGACCGUGUCCACGCUGCCCGUGCUCCGCGAGAAUGAGUUCAGUUUUACCGGCGCGGGCUCCGGGAGUCUCUCCGGAGGGGAGUCCAGACUCCUCCUGUUCGUCCGAAGCGACCUGCCGGGUCGCAUCUCGGUUCUGGAUGAUCUGGACAACACCGCGCUGCCCUACUUCACCUUAGAGAUGUCAGGAACAGGUGUGGACAUCUCUCAGGUGCACUGGAAACAGCAGUGGCUGGAGAACGGGACGCUGUACUUCCACGUGUCCAUGAGCAGUUUAGAGCAGCUGUCGCAGGUCACGCAACCCCCCGUCCACGAGCCCCCGCGUGUCCUGCACGAACACAUGCACCUGCUGCACAUCUCUGUGAUGGGUGGUCUGAUCGCUCUACUUCUCCUCAUUCUUCUCUUCACGCUGGUCCUGUACACCCGUCAGCGCUGGUGCAGACGCCGCCGGGCUCCUCAGAAGAGUGCCAGCACAGAAGCCACUCACGAGAUCCACUACAUCCCAUCUGUUCUUUUGGGACCACCUCAGGGCAGGGAUAGUUUUCGCGGAUCCAGGCCCCUGCAGCACAGCUCGGUCAUUGGCGUGCCCAUCCGAGAGACGCCCAUCCUGGACGACUGCGACUGCGAGGAAGACGAACAGCCCGGACACCUGCUGGAUGGGAAGGCUCACCUGGAUGAUGACUUGUGCAGCCAGGGAACCCACAGCGUGGACAGUUUGGGGAAAGUGAUGGGGGAGUCCAACCACAAACACUGUAUGGAUAACAGAGGGUUGGAUCAGGAUCAGGAGAGCGUGGAGGCUUUGAUGCAGAGGUUUAAGGACAGUUACAGGACCAACACUACAAUGGAGAUAACACACUUUCAAAACGUCAUGCACAGCUCGUCCACCGGCCGGAAGAGAGGACCGACUAACACAAGAGCCGGAGGAGGUGUGUUUGGUCAUCAGGGAGAUUCAGGAUCUGAGAUGGAUGAUGAUACUCAGAUGAAGUUUUACACUGAACACAGAGGCCGCAGACGCAGCAGAGGCGGACCGCACAGUCCCAUGAGUAAAGCCACAUUAACAUUGAUCACAGUCUGUACGUGUGUGGUGGCAGUCGUGUACGGCACACAGACUUCAUGUCCUUUAAAUGUAAAGGUCACACUUCAUGUACCUGAACACUUCAUUGCUGAUGGCAGCAGUUUUGUUGUAAGCAUGGGAAGUUACCUGGAUGUCUCAAACUGGUUGAAUCCAGCAAAACUGACCCUGUACUAUCAGACGAACACAUCCACUCAAUGGGUACGAGACUACUGCGGUCAGAGGACCACCGAACCCUGCGAACAACUCUGUGAUCAAGAUACAGGUGAAUGCAGCUGUCUGGAGGGUUACGAGUCUGACCCGGAGCACGAGCAUCUGUGCGUUCGCACCGAUUGGGGUCGCAAUGAAGGUCCGUGGCCGUACUCGAACCUGGAGAGGGGUUACGAUCUCGUGACAGGUGAACAGGCACCUGAGAAGAUCUUCAGGUCAUCCUACAGUCUUGGUCAAGGCCUUUGGCUGCCAGUCAGUAAGAGCUUUGUGGUUCCUCCGGUUGAGCUGUCAAUCAAUCCUAUAGCCAGCUGUAAGACAGAUGUGUUGGUUACUGAAGACCCAGGAGAAGUGAGGGAAGAGGCCAUCAUGUCUACAUACUUUGAGACGGUGGAUGAUCUGUUGGCAUCAUUCGGACCGGCGAGGGAUUGUUCCAAAGACAACGGCGGAUGUCGGAAGAACUUCAAGUGCGUCACGGACCGACGGAUGGACUCGACCGGCUGCAUGUGCCCGGAAGGCUUGCGGCCCAUGAAGGAUGGUUCGGGUUGCUAUGACUACUCGUUGGGCACCGACUGUACAGACGGAUUCAAUGGAGGCUGCGAACAGUUGUGUCUUCAGCAGCUGGUUCCUCUGCCCGAUGAUCCCACGUCCAGCAAUGUGCUGAUGUUCUGCGGGUGUGUACAGGAAUAUAAGCUGGCAGCUGACGGGCGUUCGUGUCUUUUGUUGGCCGAUCACUGUGAAGGUCCGAAGUGCUCGAGACAGGACACACGCUUCAAUGACACGCUCUUCAGUGAGAUGCUGCACGGAUACAACAACAAAAGUCAGCAGGUUAAUCUGGGACAAGUCUUUCAGAUGACCUUCAGGGAUAAUAACUUCAUCAAGGAUUUUCCUCAGUUGGCUGAUGGACUGAUGGUUAUUCCUCUACCUGUAGAAGAACAGUGUCGAGGUGUUCUGUCUGAACCUUUGCCCAAUCUACAGAUGCUCUCAGGAGACGUCCAGUUCAGUGAAGCCACGGGAUAUCCCAUGAUGCAACAGUGGAGAGUUCGCAGUAACCUGUACAAGGUUAAACUAAGUGCAAUCACCCUGUCCACAGAUUUCUCAAAGGUCCUGAAGUCGCUGACACCGGACAGCACGCGAGACGAGCUGCUGGCGUUUAUUCAGCAGUACGGCAGUCACUACAUCUCUGAAGCUCUGUUUGGUUCUGAGCUCACCUGCAACAUCUACUUUCCCAGCAAGAAGGUCCAACAGCAGCUCUGGCUGCAGUACCAGAAAGAAGUCACAGAUCAGGGUGGCCGUCGGGACCUGAAAGCCGUGCCCUUCAUCAGCUACCUGUCGGGCCUGCUGAAGACGCAGCUGCUGUCUGAUGACCUGGUUGCUGGCGUGGAGAUCCGAUGCCAGGAGAAGGGCAGCUGCCCGGCAGCCUGUCACCUGUGCAGGCAAACCGGCCGCGAGACACCCAGCCCGACUCCGGUCCUCCUGGAGGUCAGCCGUGUCGUACCCCUGUACAGCCUAGUGCAGGAUAACAUCACUAAAGAGGCCUUCAAAAGCGCAACGAUGAGCUCAUACUGGUGCGCGGGGAAGGGUGAUGUCAUCGAGAACUGGUGUCGCUGUGACCUGACUGCGCUCGGUAAAGACGGCCUACCCAACUGCAGCCCCCUGCGGCGGCCCGUAUUGAGACUUGCUCCUCACCUUGAGCCCUCCAGUACGAUGGUGGCACUGGAGUGGAUGGACGUGGAACCUCUGAUUGGCUACAAGGUUUCAGAUUACAUCAUUCAGCACAAGCGUGUGGAGGACCCGUCGGAGGCCGAAAUAUACACAGGAGAGGUUCUCAGUCUCAUGGAUGAUCUUUUCUCGGGCCUCGGCUCCUCGUGUGUGGUGGCGGGUCGAAGAAGCGGUGAACAUCCUCACACUACCGUCUACUCGUUGGUUUUCAAGUGCCUGGAGCCCGACAGCCUUUACAAGUUUACUCUGUAUGCCGUGGACAGCCGUGGCAGUCGAUCAGAUGCGAGUUUUGUGACGGUCCGCACGUCCUGUCCCAUGGUGGAUGACAGUAAGGCUGAAGAGAUCGCAGACAAGGUGUACAACCUCUACAAUGGCUACACGAGUGGAAAAGAGCAGCAGACGGCGUAUAACACACUGAUGGAGAUCUCUCCUCCUCUUCUCUAUCGAGUACAGCAUCACUACAAUUCACACUAUGAGAAGUUUGGGGAUUUCGUGUGGAGAAGUGAAGAUGAGCUGGGACCCAGGAAGGCCCAUUUAAUCCUGAGACGAACAGAUCGGAUGAGUCUGUUCUGCAGAUCUCUGCUCCGCAGCGGCUUCAUCCAGAGCCAGACCGAGAACGUGUCGUACAUGUUGUGCCGCAGCGAGGACUCCAGGUCUGUCGGCACGUUAUGGCACAGUUCUCUUCACGAGAGUCGUCUGGUCUGUCUGGAGAAACUCAUAUCGGUGCAACGCAACAUUUACGGGAAGUCUAAACUGCGAUGAGACGAGGGGACUCGACCUUCUCGACGGUCUCUGGCUGAUGUUUUUUAUUUUCUAAAUCCAAACGAAUGACUUUGAGACUAUACGAAGUGUUUUCAAUCCAGGGAUGAAGGUUUUCUCACGAGGACGUCUGUAUGGAGACCGGUUGAUCGGUUUUUACGACCGAAUGUAAGAAUGUAACUGCAUGACGGUGCUGCAGAACUCAAAACCAGGAAUUUAUUGACCUUUGGUUUUAAAACAUAUCUUUCGGGAAUACCUAGCCAAGACGAGGACAUGAUAGCUGGUCUGCCUUCUUUUCUAUUUAACCUUUUUUGACAUCCAUUCUGUACAUCUUUUGAUAUUUUUUGCCACUAGUAAUAGAGCAAAGUUUAAGACUUUUAUCACUGAGGCUCACAGAGAAAACUCCUGUCAUGCAUUUAAUAUCUGGAGCUGGUUGCAUAAACACAGCCGGUAUGUUAAGACUGUGUCUUAACCAACUAGCAAUUAGUUAGGGCUUAUCAAUCCUACUAAAUCGGUUAUAAUCAGUUUUGAAGAAAAAAUGUAAGACUAGUCUAAAAAGUUUAUGCAACCGGCCACUGAUCCUGUCGGUCAAAUCCAGACUAAAGUCUCAUAAUCUAAUGAUGACAUGAGGAGCAUCAACAUUUAAUUUCAAUCUUUGACAUGAUCUUACUUAGUCAAUAUUAAAGAUAUCAAGAAUAUAUUUUCACAGAAUGUUCUUUACAUUAUGUAGAAAAUAAAAUAAAUGACUUUAGCUGGGUUUUUACAGAUAGGUUCACAUCAUCUUUAAAAGGGGAAAAAGUGUUCAUAUGAGAGAACAGAAUUUUGUAAAUGAUUUUGUUGGACAAUGUGUGUUGCUGAAUAUAAUUUGGAGAAGCAGUAAGAGCAGUCAUUUGAAUAAUUCAUGCUAUAUUUAAUGUGAUAUUUCAUUAUACUAUUGUAAAUAGGACUGUAAAUGCGGUAUGUAAUAAUAAGUCAAUAUGAUUGUUUUAUGGGGUGGGGUUGUGGGUCUAUUAAAUCUGUAUAUAGAAUCUCAAGAAUCUGUUUUAUUUA